AUGACGCCGGAAAUGAGCGAGGAAGACGUCGUGACGACGCCGAGUGCACGCCCCACAAACAACCCGACAAGCCGGGUCUCUCUGUUUUCGGUACCCCCCCUACUCAGCCCCACCCGCACCAGGACAAGCGACACCGUGACGGCGCAUCCCCCAGGACCCCCCGACGACGUCGUCACACCAUCCGUGGGGCGACCAGGGCGAAGGGACAAGUGCAUUUUGGACAUGGGCGAGUUCAUUUGCUAG